ACCUAGGUCAAUAGCUAACCUCCAAAUUCUGGUAUCAAGCUGGCGACCAUCUUGGGGCAAUUCAAUCUUAUUUUAUUGGUGCCACAAAUAUCAGAGCUGAACAGUAGGUGAUUUCGCACUGUGUUGGAGACUUUUAAGAACAAGGUUCUCGAUUCUUGCUGUCCGCUUCAAACUUCAAUCACAACAAACCAAGCUACCUACAGCAUGGCCUCUCUCCUUUCAACAAUUUCAAUAUUUGGUGGAGAUAAGCCAUGGUCCCCUCUCGAUUGGACAUCCUCUGACGACCGAGUUCGCGGAGGCUCUUCCAUAUCAGAACUCACUUGCAAUCCGCAUUCCCCAACGGCUGUCUUCCACGGCAACCUCGAUAUAAAGACUCUCGGUGGUGCAGGAUUCGCAUCACAACGCACAACUGGUGACGAUCGCAACUGGGACUUUUCGAAACAUGAAGGGCUGAUACUGGAAAUUGCCAAGUCGGACGAGAAGCAAUACACCUUGACUUUGAAGGAUGAGCUAUUGCCAAAAAGUUCGAAUGGCAGCGAACAAAGCACGAUCAGUUGGGAGUACGACUUCAAAGUCGAGUCGGAUGGUGGGAAGGUGUAUAUCUAUUGGGAUGACUUUAAAGCUACAUAUCGAGGGAGGGACAAGAAGGAUGCCAAGCCACUGGAUUUGAAGCAUGUCAAAAGAAUCAGCUUCAUGAUGCGCAGGUAAAUAUUAUUUGUUACUCUCCUGGGCAAUCCAAUGCUAAAGCUGUCAGUUUCUUUGGUACUCAGGAAGGCGACUUCUCACUAUCUAUCAACUCGGUCUCGGCAUUUUCAAAACAUGACCGAGUUAAGGACGAGCGAUACCGCGAUGAUCCACAGCAGAAGACGACAUUCCCGUCUAAGAAAGCAGUCUCGGAGAAACCUAAAGAGCAAGGCUGGUUUAGUUGGUUUUUUGGAUCUUGUGUAGUAUCAUGAAAGAAUCAUAUAUUUACCUCUGCUCAAUAAUUCAAGUAUUGCGUAACUAACAAGGUCACUCAUCUCUUUGAGUAUUCUGGAGAAUCCGGAAAUGCAAUAGCUUACAGCUACUGAUCCAUGUAUAUGUCUGAUUCGUGGCUCGUUCUGGAGCAAGAGGGAUGAUUGAGAUUCGAGCUCAGCAUCCACUUUCGCGUCGC